GACCAGAUGCCGGCCAACUCGCUGCUGUGCGCGUACCUGGAGGAGGACGCGCGGCGUAAUUUUGUGGACUCGGCGGCGGAGGUGAAGGUGCGGCGCAACGAGGUGAUCAUGCGUCAGGGGGACAAGGGCAACAACUUCUACCUGAUCAAGGCGGGCACCUGCGAGGUGCUGAUUGCUGAGGCGGACGGCACCUCGUCCAGGCGGCAGCUCGGGCCAGGCGCGGCUGGGCCGCGAGCCUCCCCCCGUGUGCCGGAGCCCCUGACGCUUCCCGCGGGCAUUCGCGUAGGGUCCUCUUGCGGCGAGCUGGCGCUGAUUACGGGCAACCCUCGCUGCGCGACGGUGACGGCCACUUCGGACGAGCUGGUCCUCCUCAUGGUCAACCGCAGGGCCUUCAUGGCUGCCCUCGGCGAGCAGGCGAACACGCGCAAGGCUGCGAUGUACGAAGCCUUCCUCGGCAAGGUCCAGUUCCUCGAGCCGCUGACGCGCGAGCAGCGCAGCCGGAUGGUGGACGUGCUCGAGGAGGUCGAGUACGCGCCGCGGCAGCCCAUCAUCCGCGAGGGCGAGGAGGGGACCCACUUUUACAUCCUGCUCGAGGGGGAGGUGUCCAUCACCAAGUCGGGGCAGGACAGCGAGCUCGCGCGCCGCGGCGUCGGCGACUACUUUGGCGAGCUGUCGCUCAAGACGGGCGCGCCGACGAUCGCGACCGUCUCGGCCGCCGACGCGCGCUGCAAGCUCGUGCGCAUGGACCGCGGCUGCUUCCUGCGCCUGCUCGGGCCACUCGACUCGCUGCUC